GACUUUAGAGUGGAGUAAACCCCAAGCAAUAGCCUUCUUCUUCGCCAAGUCCUCCUCCAAGCUCAUCUUGCUCUCUCGCGUACUCACACAGUUUGUAAUUCAAAACCCUAAUCAUGUCUAUAUUUGAGUACAAUGGAUCUGCUCUGCUUGCGAUGGUGGGAAAGAACUGCUUCGCCAUUGCCAGGGACCGCAGGCUCGGAGUUCAGCUGCAGACUAUCGCCACCAAUUUCCAAAGGAUUUAUAAAAUGCAUGAUCGCUUAUUCCUCGGUCACUCCGGACUCGCCACGGACGCUCAGACUCUGUAUCGACGACUGGUGUUCCGCACGAAGAGAGACAUGAAGCCCGAAACUUUUGCAAGCAUGGUCUCUGCUCUUCUUUAUGAGAAAAGGUUUGGUCCAUACUUCUGUCAGCCUGUUAUUGCUGGAUUGGGAGAUGAAGACAAGCCAUUCAUUUGCACUAUGGAUUCAAUCGGAGCCAAGGAACUAGCAAAAGAUUUUGUUGUUACUGGCACUGCAUCAGAAUCUCUCUAUGGUGCUUGUGAGGCAAUGUUCAAACCUGACAUGGAAGCAGAGACCAUCGCCCAAGCACUGCUAUCAUCGGUUGAUCGAGACUGUUUGAGUGGAUGGGGAGGGCAUGUCUAUUUUGUAAUACCAACUGAAGUAAAGGAGAGGAUCUUGAAGGGAAGGAUGGAUUAACCUACGUCGUUUCAUGUUUAUGUACCUUGCAGUAACGGAUGAGUUAUAUAUCCUUAACACUUGUAAUUGAUGGGUUAGAGAACAGUAACUGUUAUCGUUCUGAUGAAAUGUCUGGAAUACAAAUGCGAUUUUGUUUCAUAUUUUGGUUAGAAACCUGUUGAAAUUUUCGAAGGCACGUGCUUUUAUUUAUUUAUUUAUUUAUUUGACACUUUAUGAGGCAUAUCUGAUAGUUUUGUAAUGUCUUCAUUUCCGAUUCACUAAAGUUGCUAGCUAGGGUGUACUCUAGCACAGAUCUGAUGGUAAAAAUGUGUUAUACACCACAGAAGGCAUCGAAGGAACUUGGUAGAAGGCAACGGCGUGAUAGAGCGUGAGGAAGGUAGCGACUAAAGGAAACCCUAAGUCAUAAGCAGAAGCAGAUGGGUAAAGGUUAAGGGCUAGCAUCGGGUCAAGCUGCAUAUGGGCGAGGCCAGACUUAAGGGACCAAGCAAUGGGCUGAAGACCAUGGGCCCUUUCUAUCUAGUGAUCUUUUAAUAUUUCAUAUCUGUAAUAACUCCCUUAGGCCCAUUACCGAAGGGCAGUUCAGUAUUUUACAUUCUAGUAUAUAGCGUAACUAACUUCUCGAUGAGAAGUAUCUGGAAUAUUUGCUCUGUGUAAUUCAGUUACAAUUUGGAGGUGCUCUCCCUCGAAGAGAGUUUAUCAAUUUACAAUACUAUUUCCAUCUAUUUCCAUCUUAAUCCAUCUCUAUUACAAGUAAACUGUUACAAAGUGGUACCAGAGACCUCGAUUCUGCGACAAUGGCCGAAGGAACACGCCUAAAGGAUCUGCAGGAGGGCCUUCAAUCCUUGAAGCAAUCCACGGAAGUUCAUGUUCAAAAUACCGAGUCCCAGUUCACCACCAUUAGUGUGGAAAUGUUGGCCAUGAGGAGACAAAUGGAAACCAUGAUGAAGCAGUUCUC